GUUAGCCAUAGCAUACAGCUGAACUCAACAUCUUUCAGUUCUUCUUGGCCAGAUUUUGGCAGUAGAAAAACAGCAAAUGGCUGCAGCUUAUGCAGCUCUUCUUUCUCUCUCGCAUACUAUUGAUCAGCUCCAAAACCAUUCGACGUCCCUCGACGAAACACAAAUUAAAUCCAUCUCCGAAAGCACCACUUUGUUGCUACACCUUCUGGAAAACUAUUCGUUUUCUGGCAGCCAAGAAGCAUAUUGGGAGGGACGUAUUGCUGAUGCAGCUCACGAGGCAGAGGACAUGAUAGAAUCCCAUAUUUUCGAUCGAGGAAUGACAUGUUGUUGUUUCAUGAUAAGUAGUAUCUUUGGAUGGCUUUAUAAUUCAGCGACUCCCGAAGAAAGAGUGGCGGAAGACAUGGAUUCAAUCGCGAAAGAUGCCAAGGAGAUGAUGAUGAUGAUGAUGACAAGAGUUAUGCAAAAUGGUGAUGAUGAGGUGGACAAAUAUGAUACUACUUAUGAUGGCAGUUCAUCGAGAUCUCUUCCUCACACAAACAUCUUGGUGGGUUUUGGUGAUCUUUUAGUCGAACUCAAGGACAAGCUCACGAACUCCUCCGGAAGGGGACUCAAUCGUCAGGUCAUCCCGAUUGUCGGGAUGGGAGGCUCUGGUAAGACUGCACUUGCAAGAGGUAUUUACGAAGAUCCACUUGUUAUGCAAUAUUUCGAUAUUCGCAUUUGGUUUACGAUUUCUCGAAAGUGUAGCAGGCAAGAAAUCCUUGUCCAGUGUCUUCUCUGUCUUAAACAAAUGUCGAGCAAGGAGCAUCUGCUAAGUGAAAAGAGUGAAUACGAGCUAGGAGAGUUACUGUUCAAAAGCUUAUCGGGUAGGAGGUACUUAGCAGUAAUUGAUGAUUUGUGGGGUGUUGAGGAGUGGGACAGUGUGGAGUUCUUCUUUCCCGAAUAUCGCAAUGGAAGUCGAAUAGUAGUAACAACCAGGCUAACUCGUGUGGCUCUUUCCAUGGCCGACAAUAGUUUAGAUGUCGUUAAAAUGAAAUUCUUGGACGACGACAACAGUUGGAAGCUGUUAAGCGGAAUUGUGUUCGGGAACAAAGGCCGUCCUUCUAUAUUGGAGGAAACGGGAAAGAGAAUUACAAAAUCUUGCAGAGGACUUCCUCUAUCAAUAAAGGUGAUCGGAGGGUUGUUGUCAAAGCACAAACAAUCUCCCAUGUUUUGGGAAGAUGUGUUGGAAAACUUCAAUGAUGUCUUGAAUUCUGAAGACGACAAGCGUUGUUCUAAAAUACUUGGGCUGAGCUACAAGGAAUUGCCCAUACAUCUGAAGCCUUGUUUUCUUUACAUGGGUGCAUUUCGGGGUGACCGGGUGAUUCUUAAAUCAACACUCAUCAGACUGUGGGUUGCGGAAGGAUUUGUCAAACCAAUGUGUGGUGGUAAAUCAUUGGAAUUUAUUGCUGAAGAAUACUUGAAAGAGCUUGUGGAUAGAAACCUGGUCUUAGUGGAACAAUUGGGUUCCACGGGGAAUAUAAAAUAUUGCGGAAUCCACGACCUUUUGAGGGACUUGUGCGUAAAAGAGGCUCGGAAAAACAAUUUUCUGUGCAUAAUAGAAGAAGCUGAGAGAGAGGUCUACUCCCCUUUCAAAAUCAAACGUCGCACGGUUUUCCAUUCGAGCGUUUUUGGCGAUCACUAUAUCCGCCCCUGUAUAUCUUCUUCACUCCGUUCUUUGACAUGCGAUUUAAGAAAAGGGGCAAUCGAGUUGCAACGCCUUAAUUUCAAAUCAGUGAGGGUCCUAAGGGUGGUGUAUUCAGCCCAUUUAAUCCCCGAAAGGGAUGAUUCCAUGAGAACAAUUCCGGCCAACUUGUGGCUUCUUGAAUUUGGCUGCGAGAAGCUUGCAUUAGCCCCUUCAAUUGUUCAUCUCUGGAGUCUUCCAGAGAGACAUGCAGUAAUUGACAUUUGGAAGAUGCCUCAACUUAGGCAUGCCAUGUGUCAAGGUCUGGAACUCGCGGAUAUAGACUUGACUAAUUUGUUAGUGGUUUUGGACAACCUAACGACGCUCAAGGGAGUACGGAAUUUCACGUGUAGUAAAGAGCUGGUUCAGAGAAUCCCCAAUGUCAAGAAACUUGGAUUACAAUACUUGGGAAUUGUAAGAUAUUGCUAUCUCGACAAUCUCUGCCACCUACAUAAACUUGAAUCCCUUGUUGUCCUCUUUACUGCUCAUUUAAACAAGAAAGUCAUGUCGAUUGAUUCUCUAUGCUAUAUAAGACCGAGUGAAUUGGGUUGGAGCCUUAACUUACCGCAUUCACUCAGGAAGUUGAGUUUGUGGUGCAUUGAAUCUGAUUGGGAAGAGAUGGGAAUAAAGAUAGGGUCGUUGCCACAUCUGCAAGUGCUCAAACUUAUACAUUGCCAUUUGGGACCUCAGUGGGAAACAGUUGGCGGUCAGUUCCAGAAGCUCAAAUUCUUACAUGUUGGAUGUGAUGAUCUGAUACAUUGGAUAGCAGACAGCACACACUUUCCAUGCCUUGAGAAACUUGUUCUUGAUACAUUAUCCUUGUUGGUGGAUAUCCCUCGGGAGAUUGGAGAUAUAUUCACCCUUAAGUUGAUUCAAGUGUCUAAUUGUAGCAACUCGGUUUUGGAUUCUGUUAAGGAAAUAGAACAGGAACAAAGGGAUCUCGGGAAUGAAGACCUUCAACUUCUGCUUACGGACAACAACAAAUACAGUCAACAAUUUUCAGACGAAAGAUCUGAGGGGUGGGCGCGGUCCGAGACGUUCUUGGAUUUGACUUGUCCGGAUACCGAUCCCACUUUUAUAAAUCGGUCCAUGAACGUUCCUGGACGAGGCACCAUCCCCACCUAG